AUGCCCACCUUCUACACGUACCAAAAUCCCAAUCCCUCAGCGUUGAACGAUUCCAACCAAGGGCAUUGGGAAGACCCUACCGACUGGCCGCGUACAUUCCUCUACGUUUCUGCUCACGAAGGCGCACAGGGAAUCCAUCCACCAGCACCCGUCUAUCAAUCGAAUCAGCCUUCUCAACAAGCAAUGUACUACUUCGCCGGUAGCUCCACAGCUCCAGCAGGCUAUUAUGUCAACGGACUCUACUAUGGAACACAACCUCCCUCUGCAGCAACUGGUUGGCCAUAUACCUCCUCUUCAUACACUUGUUACACUCUGCCCUCUACCCCUACUUCAACCACUCCUUGCAAUCUCAACUACAUGUACGGCUACUCACCAUACAGUACAGCACCACAAGCAAUGCCAUACCCAGCUGCAUCACCAUGGAGCCAAGGCUCAGGGCCCGCUCAAGCUGCCGCCGCCGUAGCCGCCAAUCUCGCGCUUGCACAGAUGCCAAAUGCACCGGCCUACUUUGUCGGAGCGACCGCCGCAGACAUUCAAGCCCAGAACGCCGUCAUGUACGCCAAUCUUGCUGCAGCUCAGCAACAGCAGCAGCAGCAGCAGCAACAACAACCAAGUCAACUCGCGCCCUACAAGCCAGGAGCAAGUCCACAGUUUUGGUGCAAGGAGUUGGAUGGUAGCUGGACGCUGAGGGAGUACAACGAUGCCGUGAAGGGCGAUUUUCCUGCAGGACACUGGGAGAGACAUGCUACCAGUGGAUACCACUACUACGUUCGCCACGCCAGCUGA